AUGCUAACAGCUGAAAGGGCAAUCGCAUUAACAGUAAUAUCGUCUGACGGUGUGUCGUUCAUUGAAUUCGAGCCUUUAGAACAUAUUGUAAGGAAGUUUAGGAAGGCAACGAAUCUAGACGGCGACGAUGGUUUGUCUGCGGACUCAUUGGGUUCGGGUCAGAUAUCCGUACCCAACUCAUACGUGCAGCUCGGCUUCGUUUUAGACAAGUCUGGCUCGGUGAGCAACACCGACUUUCGGUUGGGUCUCGAGUUUAUCAAAGGGACUGUCGAGUCGUUUGAAAGCAAGUACAGCAUAGUGAUCGUUACCAUUAUCACGUACAGCAAACAUGCCGAAGUGGAAGCGAACGGUAUCAAUGGAUCAGAAGUCUUUCAAGUCGUGAAAAGCGUGAGACGCAAAGUAUACGGACCGACGGCUACUCGACGUGGACUAGACAUGGCAAGAGAUACUCUACUCUACAACAAGGAUUGCUUUGAAUGCAUUCCACCAACAGAAAGGCCACCAGGCAAGGACUAUUACACAUACCCUUGUCCUAAGUGUAUCAAAACCGGCUAUCGCACUCUUCUCUUUCUGAUAACUAACGGUAAAUCCAAUUGGGGUGGAGAUCCUCGUAAAGCUGCUAAGUGUCUGAAGGAUAACGACGUUGAGAUAUUUUCUGUCGGUAUCACGUCUUCUGUCAACAUACCAGAGUUGAGGGAUAUCACUUCCAAGCCUCUGUCCGACCAUCUCUUUUUAAUUCGAUCGUUUGACGACGCUUUGAAGAUGAUCAAGAUGGAGAAGGAGAGAUUCAAGUGACGAGACGCGACUGUUUGUUGAUGUAGUAGUGACCUGAAAUGGCUGAGACGGCUUAGCGUGCUUCAAUUGUCUGUAGUGCUUUCAUAGUUUGUGUGAUCGUCUCAAAAACGACUGGCUUCUUGUUCAAUAGAGAAGCUCGUAUGCAUUAUGACAAACCGUGUGUUAGUUUUGUGACGCCUUUACAAGUAAAUCGACAGUAGGAGAGUGUGCAUUAGA